AUGGCGGAUAGGGAACCGAGUACGGUGUCGUACCUGGCACCGUCACAGGCGAAUGCCUUGAUAUACAGCACCUUGUGUGGGUUUAUGCUCAUCGGUCUGUGGGCUGGCUACAAUACGCGGAAUAAACAGGAGUUCAUUAGUGGCGUAAAAACGCAAGCAGCCGCGCAUGCAUUUCUCGUAAAGCAUAUGUCGUCUUCUCUCCUGCAGAGUUAUCCCGAGCUGGCACUCAUGCCCCAGGCUGGUAUCUUGGGCCUCUUUGCGUACACAUUUGCCUCUGUGGUGCCGCUCUGGAUGUUUGCCAUUUUUGGUCCCUUGAUUCGUCGCCUCUGCCCCGAUGGGUUUACCCUCUCGGAGUAUAUGCGCCGGCGCUACGGCUGGCCGAUUGGUGUGCUCAGUGCGCUAAUUUUUAUCGGGUUCAUGUUUUGCUUCAUGAUUGUCGAGCUGAACACGUACGGCGUGAUUUGCACCACGAUUGCACCGAAUGUAAACCGUAUCAUCCCCCCGCUGAUCGUCGCUAUUACCACUACAAUUUACACGGCCUACGGUGGCUUCAAGGCGUCUCUCUGGACCGAUAACUUUAAUGCAAUCGCAGUGAUUAUUUUCAUCAUUAUCGGUGGCGCCAUGUUUGGUACACAGCUGGACCUUGACAAAACCAAAGUGCACGAGAAGCCGGACAAUAAUGCUGACCCGUUGCAGCUUGGCAUACUUACGCCGCAAAAGCUCGGUGGGGAGUUGUGGUACAUUUUGCCCGUCUCCAUCAUCUUUUCCCAAAUGUUUAAUCAGGGAUUCUGGCAGCGUGCGUUUGCAUCCAAGUCGAACAAGGGGCUGUGGGCAUCGGUGCUUCUCGCAUCCCUCCCCCUAUUUGCCAUCAUAUUCCUCGUUGGCAUGGCGGGUCCGUUGUCAUAUUGGGCGCACCAAUGGCCGCCCAGCGAGCAAGGAUACCCUUUGAUUUCUGAUGGCGACGAGGAAGAUGGCUCAAACGCCCUCUUUUACGCGCUUCUUACCAUGCCCAAGUGGGUCCAUGGCAUUGUGCUUGUCCUUGCCGGCGUACUCUCCUCCAGUGCCUAUGACACAUUUCAGUCCGCACAAAUUAGUGUCAUUCAAAACGAUUUGUUUCUCGGCCGCGUCAACAUUUGGUGGUGUCGUAUCUUCUUGCUGCUGCUAAACGUACCUUGCGUUGCGCUCGCGUCGAUCUCGAUUGACAUUUUUAAAGUGUUUCUUGUCGCAGAUCUCGCGUCGGUCGCGGUUAUUCCACCGGCAUUCCUCGGCUUGAGUUGGCGGCUGUACAUGUUGAAUGGAUUUGACGUGUUCGUCGGCGGCUGUGGUGGCUUUCUCACUGUGUUCAUCUUUGGCACGAUUUUCUACCACAAUGCCAUCGACGGCGGAAAGCUGAUUGGCCUGCCGAAUGAUUUGUAUGCGGACGACUAUAGUGUGCUCGGCGCGUUUUUCGCUGCGCCAUUGGGCGCACUGGGAUUUGCUCUCGCCUCUUGCAUUGUGCGCAUCUUGUGCACAUAUCUGUUCUGCCGCGCGACGGGACGUGCCUUUACGGCACUCGAGUACCGCGAAUACGAUCUUAGGCACUGCGUACUGCCCCAGGACCGCCCGGCAGGGCUCCAUGGUAUCCAUGGAUCAGGCAAUCCAGACGAUGGGCGACGUCUGGAUCCGGAAGCAAAGGAAGUGAACGAUGGGUUUGACUCCAAGCUGCAUGCAACCCAUCGCAUCCAGUGGCUUCCCGCUUUCCUAGGUGGCGGGUUGGGUUUGCACGACUCCGCGUCGGAUAUGGAGCAAGAUUUCGGACAUGACGAGAAGAAAGAGUGCCCAGACAUGGAUACCCCUCUUGCAGCCGAGUCUGUCUCGCAUGUUUAUUCAGAUAUGCCGCUCGAAAUGCAACAUGAAACACACUCUUUCCCGGUUACGUGA